CGGGCAUGCUGCUGGCGCGCUACUACAAGCAGACGUGGGUGAGCCGCAAGCUGGCCGGGCUGGACCUCUGGUUCCAGGGCCACCGCGCUCUGAUGGUGAUCACAGUGCUGCUGACGCUGGCCGGCCUGGCGUGCGUGGUGUGGCAGGUGGGCGGGUGGACGACCACGCCGCUGCUGGCCGGGCCGGCCGCCAGCCCGCACCCGCUGCUGGGCGUGCUCUGCGUCUGCCUGGCCGUCCUGCAGCCGCUGAUGGCGCUCUGCCGCUGCCACCCGGGAACGCCUCGCCGCGCCCUCUUCAACUGGCUGCACUGGACGGUCGGCUCGGCGGCGCACAUCCUGGGUAUCGCCACCGUCUUCUUCGCCGUGCAGCUGCCGGCCGCUCAGCUGCCUGACUGGGCUUACUGGGUGCUCGCCGCCUUCGUGCUUUUCCACGUCGCCGUGCACCUCGUGCUGUCGAUGCAGCAGUGCUGGUCAGACCGCACUCUGAGCGGACAGAAGGGCCACGCCGAGGCGUACAACAUGCGAGACAUGGGCAUGAACAGCUACCACGCCUAUCAGACUGAUCGGCCUCAGGAGGCGCCCGGUUCAACGCUGCGGCGAACGGUGCUUGGCAUCUACAUCGUAAUCAACCUGCUGUUCGUGACGCUCCUGGUGUUGAUGGUGGUCCUCGCGCCAGCAGAAAAGUGGAUCGACAAGAUUCUCUCGUAGAUAUACUCAAGCCUGCUUUAGAUCAGCGCGAUCGCACAGUAUUCAAGUGCGAUGACAGCAACACGGCGCGAUCUUGCAGA